GGCUAGCAAUUUGGCGGUUUAAGGAACACUCGUGGAGCAUUCCACUCCUCGUGUACGCAACAUCAUGUUGGCAAAAGUGAGGUUUUUUCGCUCUCCUGUCGCCUUAGUGCAAGAAUCUCUCUUAUUCCGACAAGUUUACGUGCCACAGAUGAUAUUAACAUAUGAAUUUGCCUCAAAAAAGGAGCUUCAGGUGAAAAUUAAGCGCCCUCCUACAGCAUAUCAGUUGUUUGCUUCUGCAAAUCGAGAGCAGCUUGUUAAGUUAAAUCCCGACAGACCCAAACAAGAAAUCACUAAAGCCCUACAUGACCGAUGGAGGGAGAUGUCUGAAGAAGAAAAGAACCCAUACAAGGAAGAUCAUGAUAAACAAAUGGAUUUGUACAAAGCGCCUCUGGAAAAAUUACCGAAGAAACCGCCUGGAGUAUUCGGUUUGUUUGUGAAAGAGAACUACUCCAGAAUUACAUCUGGUCUGUCUCCGGGAUCUACAGCUCCCGACGCUAUGAGAGAGUUAUCAAAUGAGUGGAAUAGCAUGUCUGAUGAUGAUAAGGAACAGCUGAAACAGAAAUACGAGAACUUGGUGGAGGAAUACAACAAGCAAAUUUUGACCUUCGAGCAAAAUUUAACUGACGAGGAAAGAGCCUUUCUGUUACAAAAACGUCGCGAAGAAAUGCGAACUCUUGCCAAGAAAAAGCGCAAACUUCUAAAUGUAGGUAAGCCAAAAUUACCUCCUGGUCCAUUCGUUCGUUUUAUGCUGAAUUCCCUGGGGAAGGUGGAAAGUGAAUCACCUGUAGAACGGCUGAAAAUUUUGGGGCAGAGAUGGCAACAGUUGUCUGAUGAGGAGAAAGAGGUGUACAUCGAGGAAUACCGCCUCGCUCGGGAAAAGUACGCUCAAGAUUUGGCUGAAUGGAACGCGAAGCACCCUGAUGCUGAAUAAACGUAGAUCCAAAGUGACAAAAUGACAAUUAUUAUUUUAGUACCUGUUGGCUUUAAGUAAAAUGUGUUAAUAUUCAUGAAAUGUUUGAAUGUGUCUACACUGUUGACAGUACAUCAUUUUAUCGUCCAGUACUAAGAAAUGAUUUGUCUUUGGUUUCUUCACUAAUGUAAGCUGUGUCCAAGAUCAAAUCAUAAGGGUUCAUUUAAAACUUUGAUAUCCUCCCAAUGGGAAUUUGAAAUUUCAGUAAAAUUCCUUUCCCAUGAUUAAAAAAAAAACCAGGAUUGUCUUGUUGGA